AUGAGCUCUGAAGACCUGUUGAAACAGCUGCAAGCUCAGUUCGCCGCGCAAGGGCAGCACUUGGACAGGGAAGACGUCCUGAACCUGGCUCGACAGCUGCAUGUGGACACGCAGAGCGACUGGUGCGAGGCAGCUGGCCAGUCUGAGCCCUUAACGACACGGCUCAAGAAUCUAUUGAAGGACUAUCCAGCUGAUGUAGGCCUUUUCAAGGAGAUGGUGCAGAAUGCAGAUGAUGCCGGCGCCACGCGGGUCCAUUUUGUUUGGGAUGCGCGACCGCAGCGGAAGGAGAGCCUCCUUUCCCCAGAGAUGAAAGCCUGGCAGACGAACUGUCUUUGGUCCUACAACGAUGCGCUCUUCACGGAGCAGGACUUCGAAGCGAUCUGCCGGCUCGGUGUUGGCGGCAAGCGGGAAAGGUCCGAGCGGAUCGGCCGGUUCGGGCUCGGCUUUAACUCGGUGUAUAAUCUCACCGAUGUGCCGAGUAUUCUGAGCGAUUCCCUCGUCCUGUUUCUGGAUCCGCACGUCUCUCAUCUCUCUAAGAUGGGGGCCUCGAGCCAGAAACCUGGCAUCAAGCUCCGCUUCUUGAAAGUCCCUGUCUUGGAGCGUUUCCGCGACCAGUUCGAGCCCUACCACAAGCUCUUGGAUUGUGAUUUGGAGUCGGGCGAGCCGUUUCGGGGCACGUUGAUACGAAUUCCCUUCCGGACGAAGGAGUCUGCAGCGAAAAGCGAGAUUAGCAAGAUUAUUGUAAAUGAUGAAAUGGUGGCGGCAUUGUCGCACCAAUUUCAAGCCGAGGCAUACCAAUGGCUCUUGUUUUUGCAAAACGUGCAGGAAGUUUCCAUGUCGCGCCUGCAGAUCCAAGACGGAGAGCCUCUGCUCCAGAAUAUUUUUUCAGUCUCUUUGGCCAGCCGUGCAGAGAAGUUGACGAAGAGACCCAGUUUGGUCACAUGUGGAAGCACUGGUCGCAGCACUGCUGUCUCCACGCAACUAGAGAUUGUGUGCAAAGGGCCUGACGGCCAGACGCAACUGCGGCGAUAUCAGCUGUUUACAGAUGCCCAACAUGGGUUCAAGACGCGUGUGUGCCUGGCAGUUCCGCUCUUCCGGGAGCAAGACGGUUGUGAUGGUUGGUAUCAUGAUGAAGAUGGGCGGGUGUUUUGCUUCCUCCCUCUUCCACGUAACAUCGACCUUGGGCUGAGACUGCACGUCCACGCGCCAUUGAAUAUGGCACAGGACAGACGAAGCAUGCUUCUCGACAAUCGCAUCGGCGAGUCGGAGCAAGAGCUAGUGCGGCACAACCUGCUGCUGCUGGACGAUCUCAUUCCGACCGGCACUUAG